AUGGGUGUCCACAACACGUGGCAAGAGCUCGCGGAGGCUCACAAGAAGAGCCAGCUGGAACGACUCACGCUCACUGGGAGCUUUCCCGCGGGCACCCCACGGACGCUAGGCGGCUGCAGUCCCUUUCGGCGGCACCGACUGCACCCAGAGGGUGCUUCUCCUCUCCCUCUUCCGCGCGCGCCCGCAGCGCCACCAGCCCGCCUCGACCGCCGCUCCAAACCUCCUCGGACCAGCAGCAGCAGUAGUCGAGGGAGCUGCUGCCGAGAGCUUGCGCUUGUGGCCAGCCGCUGCGUAGCACCACCGCCGCCGCCUGAACGCGCCGCACCAGCACGGAGCUCGCCGUCGACAAGUGGUGGUGGGCAUCAGUGUGACGUUCUCCAGUGUGGUGUGCCUCCGUUGUGCGCGGACAUUAGAGGACCUCGCUGUGGAUGUCCGCGCGCCUCAAGUAGGACGCCCGCCGAGGCAGCAGCAGCAGCAGGAGUCGCGCCGUCUUCCGACCGAGCAGCCCUGGGCCCCGUGGCACCGCCAGCCGCCGUCGUGGCGACGCCGCCCAGUCCGCCGAGCCCGACGGCCGCCGCCGCUGCCGUCGUGCAGCCGCCGGCCUCGUCGCUCGUGCUGGCCGCCCCGUCCAGCCUGGUGGCGGCCAAGGACUCGCGGUGGCUCCAGCUCGAGGUGUGCCGCGAGUACCAGCGGAACAAGUGCUCGCGCCAGGAUGCCGAGUGCAAGUUCGCCCACCCGCCGCCCAACGUGGAAGUGCAGAACGGACGCGUGAUCGCCUGCUACGACUCCAUCAAGGGUCGCUGUAAUCGAGAAAAGCCUCCUUGCAAGUACUUCCACCCACCGCAACACCUGAAAGAUCAGCUGCUGAUCAAUGGACGCAACCACCUGGCACUGAAAAACGCACUGCUUCAACAGAUGCCAUUGCAGGCCAUGCUUCCCGGACAGCUUCCGACGGCGGCCGUGGUAAGUCCCUACUGGUACCUGGGACACAUGCAGAGGCAACAGCAGCUGCAGCAACAACAGCAACAGCAGCAACAGCAGCAAAGCUACGCGCUCUUCAAUGGCUCCCUCGCUUCAGCCAAGGCUGCCAGUCCAUAUAUGCCUGCAUUGACAACAAUGGCAACAGCAUCUUCAUUUGGACAUUACUUGACACCUAGUCCUGUUUUGCCUGGCAUGAUGACUGCGGAUGCUGUGACGGCCCCUCUAAGCGUUGUGCCAGCUUCCCUAGUGUCCCCACAGAAAGUGGCGCGCACUGACAGACUUGAGGUGUGCCGGGAGUUCCAGCGUGGCACGUGCAAGCGGCCCGAGACUGAGUGCCGCUUUGGGCACCCGCCUGAGCACGUGGCGGUGGACAGCGGGGACGGGGCAGUCACCGUGUGCAUGGACUUCGUCAAGGGCCGCUGCUCUCGGGACCAGUGCCGCUACUUCCACCCUCCCCCGCACCUGCAGGCGCAGCUCAAGGCCACGCAGAGCCGGGCUGGCGCUGCCGCCGCUGCUGCUGCCGCUGCUAUGGCGACAGAGGGAGGAAGCACCGAUGUCGGAUUACAAAUGUACACUCAGCCGGGCCUGGGAGAUCCUUCCGCGAGCAAGAAGCGUCCCCGAGAGUCUGCAGAUGAAGUUGUCCUGUUACUGGACACCCUGCCGGUGUGCCGAGAUUUUAAGUCAGGGCAGUGCAAGAGGCCCCAGUGUCGAUAUGUGCACCUUGUUGAAGAGUUUGUCGAGGUGGUAGAAGGGAAAGUGACAGUGUGCCGCGACGCUGCCAAGGGCCGCUGUGCACGACCUCUGUGCAAGUACUACCAUGUGCCGGCGCUGUCCCUGAGCCCGCUCUGACAGCGCCCCCCUAGUCAGGCUUGGGGGCCCCCCUGGUUGCUCGAGGCGCUGUGUUGACAAGACUACUCUUAAACCCAGGGGAAGAAUGUGGCACACGUGCCAGUUUGCAAAGUAUUUGUUUUGUCAAGUUUCUUUUUCCUUUGUUUGUUGUUUUCCAGAUUAUUGACAUACACACCACCACCACCACCAUGAACAUACACAUUUAUAAAUAUAUAUAUAUAUUAUAUAUCUAUAUUUUUUGUAAUAUCUGUAAAGUGUUUAGUGUUUUGUUUUGAGACAAACUUUUAACAAAGGCCAGUUUUCAAUCGUGCUUUUAAAGUAUACUAUGAAUUAAACAAAUUUUUUAAUGAAUUGUUACAGCACCUAUUUGAACCCUUAGUGCAGACAAUUUAUGAGACAUUUUAACUAUGUAUUUUUAAUUGUGGGCGAAUAUUUGACCAUAUAGGCCACCUCAAGAUUAUGUGCUUAACAAAUCUUGUUGUGUAAAUACAAGUAAUUACUAAGCAGGAUGCUUUUUUUUUUCAUUGUAGUUUUAGUGAUCAUGUCUGAACAGGCUACUGCUGUGUAUAGCCUAAAAUUUUUAUCACUGGUUCUGUAAUAACUAGGAUGAACAGUACUGUCGUUAUUGUGAAGUUUUGUUGUUUGUGACUGACAUGCCAAGACCAAAGUCUUUACAAGCUUGAAACAAGGAAGGGGUGGACAAACCCACACCUAUGCAAAUAUAACUCAGAAAUUCACUGUCUCUGCAGUAUCAAGGAAGGGGAAGCUUGUUCGAGCAAAAUUUGGUAUAUGUGCUGCUUUUCUUGUUAGACUUGGUUGCUGUCUGUUCUGACUACCUUCAGAAAGAUCUUGUGCUUUUUUUUUUCACUCUUUUUUGUUAGCAGCAUGGCGAACACUGUUUUCAUAGGGGAAGUGGUCUUUCUGAAUGCAGCUGUGGCCUUUAACCACUUUGCAAAGAAAAAAAAAAAAUCUAGGAGACUACAAUAUGAAAGGAGGACACCAUGUUGAAUUCAAGCAUCCUUUUUCACCCGUAGCUGGCCUCAAGAGAAUGAAUUUCGUCUCUGAUCAAACACACUCCAUUUUGAACAAAUUUUCUCUUUUUUCUCUCAACAUGCGGCCACAAGGCCUGCUUUCCCGAGCAGGCCUUGGUUGUGACUUAAAUGCCAUUACUUAGACUGAUGCCUCCAGCCUUUUUGCCCAUGGGGAUGGUGCUAAUUCAAGGGUAGUGCUUCAUGUCAUGGCUCGAGACCAUGCUAAGCAACAGGCCUGGCCAUUGCCCACAAGGUCACACAAGCAGUAACACCAGAAAAGCUGUGCUAUACUAUAGACAGGGUGGGAUCGGUCCUUGUUAUGUGGGGGUCUUCUCAUCACACUGCUUGUGUACAUAGGCGUAUAUCCUGUUCACUGUUCAUUUUCGUCUUGGUAGCAAGGAAACUUCAUUUUCUUGAUAUAUAGCAUAUGCAUGCGAGCAAAAGAGAUAUUGUGUACACCUAUAUUUUUAUGCAAACACACACACAUUACUGUUCUGUGCCAUAUUGUUUUCUUUUGUAACAGGUUUAUAUGAUUGCAAGUGUACUCUUUAUCAUAUCAUUGUUCUCAGUUUUUAUAAAGUACGUGUUUUCCUUAAAUUUUAGAGUUGUUUCAGAUGCUCUUGUGAAGUCUGUGAGGUUACUGCUGUCACAGGGAAGGGAGAGUUGUUUAUUUACGUUUCCAUGCCCCGCAUGAGUGCACUUAUUUUUCUGGGCGCCCAAAGAGCAGCAGCAGCAAACAUAAUGGCAGGAUUCCAUCCUUUAUUCAGUCCAGCUGUCCAUGGCUGCAUUUUGCCUGGCGUGAAAGGGAAGCUCGAAAUGGGACCAAGUUUUGUCCUAGCCUGAUGCAACCUGAUUUGGCCGAGGAACAGGGUCGUCCCAGUGUGGCACCUAUUUAGGGGAAAAACAGUCGUCCAUUCUUCCUGGGAAUCAAAACGUCCAAAUCAAAAGCCUCACCAGUAGUGUGUGUGGCAUCGUUUGAUCCACUUUUGGCCCCUCGCGUCCACAGGAUUUGAGGCUACUUGAGCCAGUCACAGUAGUCUCGAAUAUGUCAGCGGACGAGUCCAGAUCCAAGUAUAAGAAAUGGAAAAACCGAGCAACAUCAGUGAAACAGUGCCUUUUUUUGUAAUAUGCAGGAGUCUUUGUCAUUGCUAUGCCUGGCUAACCCCCGUUGUUGCAGAUUUCCUUUACUACACAGUAGCAGGCUUUAUUGAGUUCUCCUUCUUUGGGUAUAUCUAUGUGUGCACGUCUGGCUUGCGUGUUUUGUCCCAGAGCCUGUUUGAAGAAGUGAGCAGGCGGUGGUUUGGCUGUUGGGCUCGUGGGCCAGCAGUGAGGAAAGCUCUUCAUAUACCUGUACAGCCUCUUUGCUAUAAUGUGGCUGUCGGUGCUGUUUUGCUGGCUCAGAGGACUUCCUCGUCUCGGGCUGUUGUUGUACUUUUGUGGAAUGGUGUUCAAGAGGUCGCACUUUGGACGUGGGAGGCCACACGUAGGCUAGUGCCCUCCAACACGUGUGCAGGCUUCAUCACCUGGAAGGGCUGUCUAGUCGGGGCAUGGUCUGCACUUUCCUUCAUGAUGCCCCUUGUCAGAGGCACACAACUUUCCUCUAACUUUAUUAGUUAAGUGUAAAAAAAAAAGAAUGUGAUAUCUUUUUAUAUAUAUAUUAUAUAUAUAUAUUAUAUAUAUAUUAUAUCGACAUAUAUGAGAGAAAGAGAGAAAAGAAGAUGCAGUUACCGCAUAGCAAUUUGUCCUCUACAAAUUCAGCAUGCCGCCGCCGCAGCAGCAGCAGCAGCCUUCAGAAAUGUUUCCUUGGUGCUUUGCCUCGGCAGGUCGUUAAGGAAGUGCUUGCGCCCCGUGCGCUUUUUUGCUUGAUGAGUGAAUGUGUCCUCUGAUGCUGAUGAAUGUCCACUUUGUUGCAAGAGCAGGCUGGGAUGAGCCAGCAGCCAGACGCUUGCCUCUCUGCUUUGGGCAGCCACAACGAAGUUGGCCGAGGGCGUACCGUCCUCCUUUUUUCUGAUCCCUUGUGCUUCAGUGUAGUUUGCUGUUUUUCUCAUAGACAAAUAAAGUUGCCUUUGUAAUUGA